UCCAAAAAAGUGAAUAUUUUUACUCCUCCAUUAGGUCUUUCUGUUUGUCUUGACGAAAAACGGUGACGUGGCUCUCAUGGCGCUGACCUGGCUAUUACAGGCUACCACGUUGGAUGGGCUUUUGAAAAGAGGACAAAUUUGUCCCCAGAGUCCAAAACGCUGCCGUUUCUCCCCCAUCCCCAAUCUAUAAAAUCCUUGAACCUUAAUCCUUCGAAUGCAGUCUGAGGGUGAAGCGGGUGAAGAAAGAAAGGGAGCAUUCCGACCAUGGCAUCUGACGGAGUGUCGUCAAGCUCGAGAAGAGGCUCGGUUCCGAACGGAAAUGGUGGAAAAGAGGGCGUGUCACCAAAGUGCUUCUGUGAAGAAAACGGAAUCAUGUUCAUGUCGAGGACGACCAGCAAUUCGAACAGAUUGUUUCUGGGAUGUCCCUUUUAUAAGGUAAAACAACCUUAUUGCAAUUUUUUUUUGUGGCUGGACGAGCACAUAGCUGGUCUUGGUAUUGGUGUUACAAGGCACCUGGGGCAGGAGCAAAUUUUGCAUGGUGAAGAGCAUCACUGGAGCAAAGACAUGGAAAACAGGAUAAUGCUAUUGAAGAAGAGGAUAGAAGCAUUAGAGGUUAAAAAAAAUCCAAUUGGGUGGAGCAUAUGUGUGAUGUUCAUUGUCCUGAUUGUUGCUUUAUUUAGUUGUAAGAAAUGAUGUAAGACAUGCGAAAUGUUGAAAAUGAAAUGUAUUAAUCAUUUGUAUAUCUAGUAUUGUUUUGUAUCAUGUUUGUGACUUUGUAUGUAUGAAACGAAAGUUGGCAAAAUCAUAGGAAAUCAA